AUGGCAAGAUACCUCUUCAUUCUCCUUUUCUGGGGCAGCGCACGGGUACAAUCCGCUAUGCACCCCAACGGUACUUGGGUUAGCGAACCCCUUACUGAAGACGACGCCUCGCCGAUUGACAACCCGAAUACCUACUACCCCGACCAGUACGACUGCCCGCUAGCAUGUGCAGACUACGCAAAUACGCACAGCUGGAUCACGUACUUUUCAAUGGAGCGCAUCCAGCGGUGUAAGGAGGCAAUGCUUCUCGAAUUCUCAAUUUCAACGGCACUUGACGAUCCUCAGACGACACCGCUGAUCCGCAGCUGCACGUUGGGCGGCGGGGACGAUGAAUCCAUGAUCGCAGAAGUCCCUGUCGAAAAUCCAAAGAAGGCAGGAGAUCUUUAUCGAGCGAGCCUCCAGUCUGCACCGGCAUGCGUUCUGGAUGGCAUGGAAACUUCGCACGACAUGCAGAUGACAACUCGCGGCGACGGGCAGGAACGGUCUGGCGAUAUUGUGGGGCUGCUCAUGGGCAUGGGGAUGUAUUUUGCUGCGCGCGAUAAUUGUGACGAGAGGUUCCUGUUUGCGCGUCACAAGGAUUUGGCUGUCGGCGUUCAUGUAGGAGACGACCUGGCAAAGCUAACGGCGGAGUCCGCCCUUAGCUUGCUGGCAGAUCACGUGCGAUCCAACGGAGCUCGGACGCCGGACCAGAUCGUCGUCGAGCUCUGCGGUGGCGGACGCCAGGCACGAAACGCGUUCGGCCUCAUUAUCGACAGCACGGGUGAUCUUAUUCAGGUCCAGAAAGCAGUAUUAGGGUGGAGCAAUGGAAACUGCACACUACCGGACGGGCAGAGCGUCGUCGGUCAUCUCCCAGAUGUGCGAGUAGUGGAUCUUCAUGGCGUCAACAAUACGAUCAAUGCCAACAGUACCAGCAAUGUCGCCAAUAACAACGCUACCCAUGUUCGCAAACGCGCCGUGCCGCAAGCGGGAUCCGAUGGCGUCUGCGCAACACACCUUAUCCAGAAUGGAGAUACUUGCGAUCGAUUGUCCGGACAGUAUGGCGUGACUAUCGGCAACCUUGAGAAGUGGAACAGAGGAAAGACUUGGGCAUGGACUGAGUGCAAGGAUAUGCUGAUCGGCUACAGCAUGUGCGUCAGUGACGGCUUGCCCCCCAUGCCACCGCCACAGCAAGGUACCCAGUGUGGGCCCCUGGUUCCUGGCACGCAACGACCGACGAAUAAAGCAUCACUAGCUGAUCUGAAUCCGUGCCCUUUGAAGGCAUGCUGUAGCAAUUGGGGCUUUUGCGGUGUAUUUCCAGCCCAUUGCGACAUCCAUGCGCCCAAGGAUGGUGCGCCAGGCAGCAAAGACAAGAAUUUCCAGAACACCUGCGUCUCGAAUUGCGGCAAUCAACUGAUGGACAAUUCUCCAGCCCCGAACGAAUUUAUGCGAAUCGGCUACUAUGAAGCAUAUAAUCACAAACGUCCUUGUCUGCGGCUCAACGCUCGAGAUGCAAACGUCGGCGAAUCCUACACGCACAUCCACUGGGCGUUUGCCGACAUCAACCCCGAUAACUGGAAGCCCGCUAUUCGAGACGGCUCUGACCACUGGAAAGACUUCAAGGAACUGAGAAAUGUCAAGCGCAUUGUUUCAUUUGGCGGCUGGGCGGCUUCGACAGAACCGGCAACGUACAACAUUAUUCGCGGAGCUAUCAUAGACCACCGGGAUGAGUUCGCUAGGAAUCUCGCCCAAUUCGCCAAAGUGGAAGGCAUUGAUGGCAUAGACAUCGAUUGGGAAUACCCGGGUGCUCCUGAUAUACUAGUCGAUGGCCGACCUAUUGGCCGACCAAGCGAUGGCCUGAACUAUCUCAAGUUCCUUACGGUCUUGAAGAAAGAAUUGGAACCUGGCGUCUCUGUAUCCAUCGCCGCACCGGCCUCGUACUGGUAUCUUAAAGCUUUUCCUAUCGACAGGAUUGCGGUAGUCGUUGACUACAUUGUUUACAUGACGUACGAUCUGCAUGGCCAAUGGGAUGCUGGUAAUCCCAAUGCAUAUGACUCAUGUCCUUCCGGUCGAUGUAUCCGGAGCCAUGUCAACUACACGGAGACGCGAAAUUCUCUAGCUAUGAGCUACCUCGCUUACGCCGAGAUCACUGAGCUUAUCACCAGCCCUGGUGAGAACUCGUCUCGAACCUUUUUCGAUAAGCAGUCGCGUACCGAUGUCAUGGUGUACAAUGGUGACUACAUCAGUUAUAUGACUCCUGAAACCAAGGACGCCCGACGUGCCGAAUGGAAGUCAUUCAACUUUGCUGGGACUGUUGACUGGGCCGUUGAUCUCCAGGAGUUCACUGCGCAGGAAAUGAGCAUUCUACCUCCACGACCCGAGAGUGGUCAAGGCUGUACCUCCGGGGAAGGUAUCACUUUAGAGUCAGGGGACCUUUGCGACUUCACCUGUCUCUAUGGAUUUUGUCCUGAGCGUGUAUGCAUAUGCUACACAACUGGAAAGCUUCUAGAUCUGCCAACCGAGAAGACUGGACUCAACAUCGUAGCUUGGGACGAGUUCAAUGUGGAACUAAACCGACUUUGCAUGUUUGCUUGCAAAUACAACUAUUGUCCCGAGGAGAUAUGUACCACUCCUAUCGAUGGGCCCGAUGAAAGUGGACCACACGGAUUUGGGGAGGACUUUGGCAACGGCGAAGAUCCCAACUAUUACAACAAAACCGCAGCGAAACUCGCCAAUGAUCAGACAUGCAUCAUAUACAGGGACCCAGCAUACAACGAAGUGAGCAAGACUCAGUGCAAACCCAUUUGUCAGGACGCACUAGAUGAGGCGGCAGAGGAGGGGAGAACAUCUAAUUACGGGUGUAUCGGAUUCUACCCUAUGGAAACCAGUAUUCCUUGGGAGAGAGGACCGGGAGCGGGUAGUCAGUUGAUUGCGCCUGGGAAAUGUUUGUGCGACAACUUCCUCCUCAACGAACUGGCAGACACUGUUCUGGAAGCAAUGCCCUUGAUCGCUCAGAUUAGUUGCUAUGUGCUCAUGUCAAGUAUCAAACUCGUAAUCGACGUCGGAGUUCAAUUCAUACCCGUAGUGGGCAAGAUUCUCGAUAUUGGUCUGGAUAUGGCUACAACAGCCGCACAGAUGGCUGCGUAUCUGUAUCCCGAAGAAGAAGACCCCGAGGGCGCAUUCUCAUGGUGGCUGAGUCCAUGCGGGGGUACGGACCUGGUGCCGCAAGAUAUCAAGAAAGCUUUCGAAAUCUUGAGCACCGUAGCCAACGGUGUAUCGAGCUUCAAGCCGCCAAAGCGCAUGAAACGUCACAGUCGCAAAAAGGGUGACGACGGUAACCCAAUCGAUAGCUCAAGGCCCCGUCGACCAGGUGGAGGUGGCAGCGGUAAUGGCGUUACUAAGCCAGCAAAGAAAUGCAGAGUACCCGCAGGGAAAUCAACACUUCGUCUCGGCGAGGCCUCCAACACACUUCGCAAGCAGUCCUGCGUCAACGGUUCAACAAGAAAAGAGAACAUGGUCAUUACCUCGCUCGCUUUUGCGCCAAAUGCGGUGCCAGUGCAAUUCAAAGCGACUUGUUCGCAAGAGAAUUCACAAGCUUGUUACCAUUACAGCUCAGUCAUUCGAAAUCAUCCGUCAUGGUCGACUCUGACCUGCGAUGAGGAAAACGCUACUAUCAAGCACCGGCUCGACGCGAAAGCCACCGAUGUCUGGACCUACCAGCAUAAUGGUCGGGGAUGGGUAAAGCCGGACGAUUGCGAUCGAGAUGAGUACCCACCCGCCUAUCUAUUGCACAGAAACCAUCCCGCCUUUUUGAAAGCCGGCGUCGAUGCUCAAGGCCAGAUGGUACGCGUUUUGCCAGCCGAUGAGAACAGACGCGCUGGCAGGAUGUGGAAGGGUGCAUGCUUCAAGCCUCCGCUUGAAGAUCUGACGAACUCCGAAUUCGUGGCAAAAGCCAACGCUGCCCCCAACAAGGUAUACGCGAUGAAGAAGGGGUAUCAGUACACUGAAGUACACGUGACCGUCACUCAGCGCCCUGAGUUUACGAUUGCUGCAUGGGGCCAUGCUGCUGCCCCACUCAACGAAGGUUUGGACCAGAACAGCUGUUGGCCUUCAAACAUUGCAGCUUCUGAUCCUGGCUUUGUACUGUUGACUUAUGAUCCUUGGUACUCGAACAUGGCUCCUCCUUACAAUUACAAGAAACCGUACGUUCAGGGUGCCAACGGAUCUUAG